GAUGCUGGCGACUCUAUCAUGAACUAGCAAUUCAAUAGGCAGGGAUCCCGAAGGGCUGUCGCCAUUUCAUCACAUGAAAUGGCAUGACUCUUGUCUUCACCUCUAAUUCCUUCUUUCCCAGCGGAAAUAUUGUACCCUGCUUUAUCCUGUUUUAUCAAACUUUAGUGUUAGAUUACCUAAAGCUAAUUUAUAUUUUGACCGCUUUCAUGAUUUCAACUUGGUAGCUAUUGAUCGGAAAAACAAUCUUCAGCAUCAAUAUUCUUGGUUCUAGAGUUCUACUUGACUGACUCUCCUGCUAUGCUAGUCUGUUCUUCUGUCUCAACAUCUAACAUCAUACCUCUUUCCACCUCCACCACCCCUUUUCAAAUCUCAUUACCCUCAAAAUCUUUAAAAACUUCCCAGACAUCUUCUACCACUCAGUCGCCAUCAGUGCAAGAGAAGACCGGGAACAAGAAACAAGGACAAAAGCAUAAUGUCUCUCCAAACCCCCAGCUACGAUGCGCCCCAAACAUCUCUUCCUCGGCCCCAUCCUCAUCUCACAAACCGCGUGCGCGCAUACGACAUCAUCUCGACAAGCUUUUCCAUCGCUCAACUCAGUCUCGCUAUUACCGCGACGGUGAAACGGAGUCCGUUGUCGAUCUUAUUCCUGAGUCAAACUCCUGAAUUAGAUCUUGGAGGCUUGAAAAAUGAAGCUGUCUUUAUGCAAGAUUUUGCUACAAGUUUGGAUCCAACUUGUCGAUAUACAUUCCUCAAUUAUCUAAGUGAGGAAGGGAUGUUGGGAGAAUGGAUGGCCAAAGGGGAAAUGAAUCCAAGCAUGAAGGAGUGGGCAGAAUAUGCCAAAUGGUGCGUCAAGGUUGUUCAGGAAGAAGGGUGGGUUGAUUUCUCUGAAGGUAGCAUAGAAGGAGCUGAGCAAAGGGGAAAUGGAAGAGCCAUUGAUCUUUUGGUUUCUGGAGAGAUGUUCAAGGCGGAUAGAAUUUUGGAUGGUAGUGAAGAGUCUAUGACCUUUGCAGAUGAAUGCGAGGAAUUAAACAUGCUUCAAGCUACAGAUGUGUUGCAAAACUUGUGCGCGACAACUUCAUCCUCUAAUCUAGCGGCACUCACAACACAAAACGAGAAAUUACUAUCGCAAUACGAGAAAGAACAAGCAAGCAGAAUGGUUAGAGCAUUGUUGUAGAUAUUAGGACCGGCUUGAUUAUUACGAUAUGAAACGAUAGAUGGAUGGUGUUCAGGGACCUCAUUUGAUUCCUUUCGGCGCAUUUCCUGGUGCUAAUACCAGUAGAACUUUUAGAUUUUGAAAAUACCAAUGUACAUAGUACGAAACUACUGAUGCUUAUUAGA